UUGAGAAUCAAAUUUUUUUCUUCAUUUCUCAACCUCACUACGAAACUUUCCGAUCAAGAACUGGUCAACCCAACCCAUUUCUCCGAUCUAUCUCUCUAGUCUCUCUAUAUAUACACCAUACAACUUCAUCACUUCCAUCAACUACAUUCACACACACAGCAAUUUCAAAGACUUGAUUUUGAUCUCUUUUAUCGAUUGAUCUUCAAUACCCAUCAAAAAACUUCAAAUGGGUAAAUCAUUUCAUUUUCACCCAAUUUUUUGCAUUUUAAUUGCGAUUUUAACCACAUCAUAUGCUCAAGAUUGCAACACGUACACCUUCUCAAACAACAAUGUGUACGCCACGUGUGUCUCUUUACCUGUUUUGAACUCACAACUCCACUGGAACUACCACCCGACGAACGCCACCGUCGACGUGGCUUACCGGCAAACCGGAGUCUCCACAUCACAAUGGGCAGCUUGGGCACUCAACGUUGACGGGUCGGGUAUGGUUGGAGCACAAGCACUUGUUGCUUUAAUAUCCUCAAACGGGUCGGUUCAAGCUUACACGUCGUCAGUUACGGGUUACGCAACGGGUCUACAACCCAGUGGAUUGAGUUUUGGGGUGCCCAGGAUCACGGCGGAGAUGGUGAACGGCGAUGUAGUGAUUUACGCGACUUUGGUGUUGCCUGGUGGGAGGACGAGUUUUAACCAGGUCUGGCAGGUGGGUCCCGUCAACGGAGGAUCUCCGGCAGCUCAUCGGAUGGGUUCUGAUAAUGCUAAUUUACUUGGAAGAGUUGAUUUCUCUACUGGUGAAACUAGCGCCGACGGCGGAAACGUCGGUGGUUCACGGCAGCGCCGGAGAAACACUCACGGAGUGUUGAACGCUCUAAGUUGGGGAGUAAUGAUGCCGAUGGGAGCCAUGGCUGCGAGAUAUCUGAAAGUCUUCAAGUCGGCUAACCCAGCAUGGUUCUACAUCCACGUCACCUGUCAAGCUUCCGCCUAUAUCGUCGGAGUAGCCGGAUGGGCCACCGGACUGAAACUCGGCAGCGACUCCGUCGGAAUCGAAUACAACACUCACCGCAACAUCGGAAUCGCACUUUUUGCCCUAGGAACCCUUCAGGCGUUUGCUCUGCUUUUGAGGCCAAAACCGGAGAACAAAUACAGAUUUUACUGGAACAUCUACCACCAUGCCACCGGAUACACCGUGAUCAUUUUAAGCAUCGUUAAUGUGUUCAAAGGGUUGGAUAUUUUGGACCCUGAGAAGAAAUGGAAGAAGGCCUACAUAGGCAUACUCAUCUCUUUGGGUGUAGAAACACUUAUUUUCGAAGCUUAUACAUGGUUUGUCGUUUUGAAGAGGAAACAAGACGACGACAAAAUCGAACAAGUAAGCAAUGGUUACACCCAGUCAGCAUAG